AUGGGGGCUCUGCCUCGCUGCCUGCUUGCUGGCAUCUGCGCCGCCGUCCUGUUAGCGGCAGUGGUCGCCCAUGGUGCGGAGCCCGAGACGGCGUCAAUGGUCGUCGGCUUGGCCAAGUGCGCCGACUGCUCCAGGAAGAACAUGAAAGCUGAGGCGGUAUUCAACGGCCUUCAAGUGGCUGUCAAGUGCAAGAACGCCGACGGCGUGUUCGUGACCAAGGCCUUGGGCGAGGUUGACAAGUCCGGCGCCUUCAGCGUCCCCCUCGCGGCUGACCUGCUCCGCGAGGACGGCGAGCUGAAGCAGGACUGCUUCGCGCAGCUCCACAGCGCAGCCAACCAGCCAUGCCCCGGACAGGACCCGUCUUGGAUCGUCGGGCCAACCAGCGACAGCCAGUACGACGACGACAAGAUGAAGAAGACCUUCGUCGCAGUCGCCGGCAAGGUGCACUACCCAUCCAAGGAGUGCGCCUCUGCGUUCCUCUGCUACCAUUUCUUCAAGAAGCACCUCUUGCACAAGAAGCCCAUCGUGAUUAUCCCUCACAUCCACAAGAAGCCGUUGCCAGAGUACAAGCCGCCGACAACGACGACGCCUGUGCCGAUGUACCACUCGCCCGUGCCGGAGUACAAGCCACCCCACCCGACGCCGACUCCGAUCUACCAUCCUACAGCUGAGCACAAGACCCAGAACCCUGAGACGGACCCUGAGAAGUUCAAGAAGCUCCUCCCCUUCAUCAAGAAGAACCCCUUCUUCUUUCCCAAGUUCCCCAAGUUCCCUCCGGGCAAGGAGGAGAUCAAGGAGUAG